UCUUGACAGUUUUGACACUUUUCAAACAACAUAACCUUAUCGUCCUUAUUCCCGUCUGGGUAAUGUUUUUUUUUAAAUUUUGCUAAUCACAGUAUCGGAUCACCAAACUUUUAAAUCUGUAAAUUUAUUUAUUUCGUGGUAUUACUGGUAUUUGUAUUACCUUUUAUUCCUGAGAAAAAAUGGGCAAAUUUCGAAGUAAACUAAAAGGACAGACCAAAGGAAAACGCUGGGCCAAAGGACAGAGCUCUAGUUCAAAUCCUGAAACCCAUAAAUACAGAGAUCAGGCUAAAAGCAGGUUUUUCCAAGAAAACCUUGGAGGCCCAUGCACACUCACCACUGAUUCAUUAAAAAAACAUGAUGCUUUACAAUUUUUUAAAUCGCCUAAAUCUCAAAAUGCUGAAUUGUCUGAACAGAACUAUGAAAUGGAAUUAGAGAGUGAUUAUGAUCAUGAAUCACAGGGCUCAUGGCAGUCAAUGAAGUCUUUUGCAUCUGAGUGGUCUGAGUGCAGCAACAUGUCAUUUGGUCACUUUAUGAAAAGCUUUCAUGCAGAUAGUGCUCUUCACAAAGAAAUGUUGGCAAUUUUAGCAGCAAUUGCUGAAGUUAUUAAACAAAAUGGAGGGAGGGAAUCUUCCACAGAAUAUUAUUGUGCUCUUUUAACCACUUUAGAGACAAUCUACAAUAGCAAGGAGAAAAAUGAAGACCAAAUCACUGCAGUACUUGCUCUAUUAAAUAUGGGCAUCAAGACUGUACCUGAAGAAGUGUUAAGGAAAAAUUUUAGUGAUGUAUCCUUAAAAAUGUUACAAAUACUAAAAGAUUUUGCUUCUGCAGAGAACAAUGUUAUUGUUAAGUCCACAUUGGGUAUUCUCACAGUAGCGCUUAGAGCCCAAGAAUUAGCAAUAUGGACACAUGACACUAUUAAACAAAUAUUUGCUGCUAUUUUAAACCCUUUCAGUAUACAUUCAAAACCUAAGUGGAGGAAGAGUGCUCAACAUGCUGUUGCAGCCAUUGUGAAGUCACCUUGCUUUGAGAAAAAUCCAAAUCAUAACAUUGCUGCUGAUAAAUGUGCUGAAUUCUGUGAAGGAAUCCUGGAAAAUUGUAUAGGUGGUAAUUGGGAUAAAGUUGUUACAAAUUCAGUUCACUCAGGGCAAACUACUAUACUACAUACAUUAGGAUUGCUUAAGGAAACUAUUCAAAACUUUUCCAAGAUUCAUAUUAAGAAGUGUUGUGAAACCAUACUUAGGUUGAUGACACUUAACUAUCCCAUAGUCAACUCCUGUGGUUUACAAGUUUUGCAUUCAUUGUUUUCUGCCCAAACUUCAGUGGUUUCUGCAGAUAUUAAUGCAAAAUUAAUCACAGCUUUAUAUGAAUAUCAGCCGAGUAAUAGUGAUGUACAACCUACUUUAGCUUGGUUACUUGUUAUGCAAGAAGCUCAUGUUCAUUUGGCAGAUGUAGAUAUUUCAAUAACUGUCACUGUGUUACCCAAGUUUUUUACAAACAUCACUCAAAUGUGGUUAAGUGGGAAAGCUGAAGUUAUGACUGGGGCAACUCACAGUUUGGAGGUUCUACUUAAAGAUGUCAUAGGUCCUCUCUGUGAAUCACAAAAAACAGUUAAACAACAGCAGUCAAAACUAGAAAAAUGUUUCAAUGUUAUCCACUUAUGCUUAAGCUACCAAUACAAUGCUGCUUGGCACCAAGUUCUCCAUGUUAUAAGAGUUAUGUUUGAGGUUGCUGGUGCUAAUUGUAGUGAAAUGUUUGGGGAAACAUUGAAAAGUUUAGCAGAGCUCAGAGAUUCAUAUAAAUUUAGCUUUAACAAUGAACUUGAAUAUGCUGUGGGGGCUGCAAUACGUUCAAUGGGUCCAGAAAAGGUCCUUAACCUUAUACCACUCAAAAACGAUAGUGGAGACCUUAACAUUGACAGGUCAUGGCUUUUACCUGUACUUAAAGAGAACAUUAAGUAUUCUACUUUAAGUUUCUUUAGAGAUGGUAUAUUUCCACUGGCAAGGUAUUGCCAGCAAAGAGCAGCGCAACUAGCUCAAGCAAAUAAUGGUAUCGGAGCCCAUAGCAGUGAACUAUUGUAUCUUCAACUGUGGAACUUGCUACCCUGUUUCUGUAACCAUCCAACUGAUAUUAAAACUGAAUUCAAGAGUAUGGCAAAAUUACUAGGUAUGGCAAUCUCCGACCGUAAAGAACUACGUUUGUCAGUGAUGGCUUCAUUACGAAAACUGAUCCAAGGCGCACAAGAAAAUCCCGAAGACCUCACCGAACUAUCCAGGUUCGACAAAAAUUACCUUCCAAUUUUGUUUAAUGUCUACACCACCAAACCCAUUGGAUCUGACGAAGAAGGCCAAAGACUAGCUGCCCUAGACACUAUUAAAAUGUACUUGACUAUUGCUCGUCCUGAUUUAACAGAGCAGCUUUUUAAAAACGCAGUGGAGAGACUAAAUACUUCCAGUGACGAGCCCGAAGAUCAAUUUAUUAAAGAAUCUAUCUUAGAUUUAAUUCGAGCAUUAAUUCCUUACCAAGGUGCUAAGAGUAUAGAAACAAUUUAUCAUCAGUGCGUGAAAAAUUUGCCGGAUAUAAAAAAUAAUAAGGAGCAAAAAAAGGCUUAUCGGAUCUUGGAGGAAAUUGUUUCCAGUGAUUCUGAUGGCUGCAAAACAUUUGUUAAAUCAAACAGAAAGGAAGUGCAGAGGCUUUUAAGAGAGAGCUUGAGCACUGCAGCUACUUCUAGCAAAGGAGCAAGGUUAAGAUGCUUAAACUAUUUAAUUAAGUCGCAACCGCACUUGGACCAAGGUAGCAAAUUGUUGAGGUCUACUAUACCUGAAGCAGUGCUUUGUUGUAAAGAUAUAAAUGAGCGAUGCAGGCAAAUUGCUUAUGAUGUUUUAAACACAAUAGGCGAAACACUUUUGUCGCAUGACCAGAUGCAGCCAUUCGUGGCAAUGCUAACUGCAGGCCUUGCUGGAACACCUCACAUGAUUUCCAGUUCUAUUUUGGCUCUGGCUUCAGUAUUGCACAAUUUCUCAGGUGCUUUGGGACAAGCGAAUAUCACACUUAUCUUACAAACUAUUGCAACCCUUGCCUCUUCACCCACAAGGGAAGUUGUAGCCUCUUGUCUUAGUUUUAUCAAAGUUUACUGCACAACUUUGCCAAGUCUGAUGGUGCAGGCCUCCUUAGAAAAUAUAAUGAAGGCCUUGCUUGGCAUGACCGAUGAUUGCAAAAGGCAUUUUAGAAUCAAAGUGAGAGAUAUAUUGGAUAGAAUUGUUAGAAAAUAUGGAGCUGAAACUAUUAUGCCUUUUGUGCCAAGUGAUGAUCAAAUAAUGUGCAAACGGAUUAAGAACUUGAGAAAAUUAAAUGACCGGAAAAAACGAACGAAAAAAGAUAAAAAGGAACAAGAUGAAGAGGAUACGGUUAGCAUGGAGGACUUUAUUGUUAAGUCAAAACCAAAAAGUGUGGAAGAAAUAUUAGCUGAUAGUGAUUCAGAUAUUGAUGACCUGAAUUUGGAGCAUAAAGAAAUGAAACCGAAAAAACAAGUUGGCACAUGGAUAGAGGAAGAUCCAGAUAAUAUUGUUGAUUUCACCGAUCCAUCCACCGUAGGGAAGAUUAGCGCUACAAAACCUGGACAACAAAACCCUAUCCAAGGACAAAAGAAAUUAACCAAAGAGGCUAACAGAGGCUUUAAAACUGCUUCCGAUGGAAGGCUUAUUAUCAGGGAUUAUGAUGUAAGCGAUAGUGAUGACGAGAAAAAUAAACUAAAGAUUAAUUUUAACUCGGACAGUUCAGCUUCAGAGGACGAAGCUGCCAGUGUUGCGGAAACUUUGUUAAUGGCUAACAGAAAACGAAAACGCCCUUCUUCAGUAAAAAGCGGAUUCAGUGCAUCCACCGCACCACCCUCCAAAUAUAAAACUGGUGGUGUGGGCAUUCACAGAUCUUUGAAUUCAGCUUCGUCCGUUAAAAGCGGUACUUCUGCGUUAGGCACAGAAUAUAAAAGUAAAAAGGCUGCUGGAGACGUAAAGAAAAAAGGAAAGAAGUUUGACCCUUAUGCCUAUAUUCCCUUACAGAGAAGUACCCUGAACAAGAGGAAAAAGACAAAAGGUAUGGGGCAGCUAAAGGGUAUCGUUAAAGGCGCAAGAAAGGGAGUACUUAAAGGGGCUAAAGCAAAACGAAAUAGGAAGAAUAACUUGUGAAAAAUAUUUAUUUUAUUGUUUCUUCAUAAAAUGGAUAUUGUUUAAAUUUGUAUUGGAGUCUGAAGUCUACCAACUGGUAGAUUGUGUGAAUAUAUAUAGUUGCGGCGAAAUUAAUCCAUAUUUGUUUAUACCAUUAUGAUUUUAAAUAACAGCUUGAUUAAAUUAUCGCAAAUUAUUAUUAUUUUAUUCUUUUAUACGAAUUUUUGCUUUUAAAUUUUAAAUACUUCUAAAGGAAAUCUAGAAUAAAAAUCAACAUAAUUUUUUAAAUACAACCCUUAUAUUGGUUUUAUGAAAAUCAAAUUUAUACUCCUUUGCCGCGUUUUUCGCUAAUAACGAAUUUGGAUCACGCUGUACAAUCAAAGUUUGUGAUUUAAUUUAAGGUAAUAUUAUUAAAUAAAUCCCAUCUAAUCCAACGUUAAACACGUAGUUAAUAAAUUGUGUUAAUAUUAAA